AUGGGGUCCAAGUUAAUAUUAAGAGAUUGGACAGGGCUUUCGGAUUUGGUACUCGACUUGAUUUUUCAAAAGUUGCCUUCCUGCUCUGAUUGCUUAUGCUUUGGCGCUGUGUGUAAAUCAUGGCUGUUCUUCGUAUCCAACAAUUAUGACGCCCUGCAACAGCGCGGAGAUACAAAUUCCAUUGCAGAACUUCCUCUGUUAAUGAUCUUUAAAGGUCCAAUUGGGGACAUGCCGGCCAUUAACACAAGCUUAUACAGUGUGACCAAAGGUAAAAUAGUUUUGGACCUUGAAAUACCAUUAAGAUAUUGGACUCACGAAUGUGUUGGUUCUUCUCAUGGUUGGUUGGCUUUUCAAGCUCCCAAUAGUUUUGUUCUUUUCAAUCCUUUUACACACGAGAAAAUCAAUCUUCCUCCUCUUGAAUUUGAUGCCCAUAAAGUUAUUCUGUCCAAAAAUCCUUCAACCAGUACAUAUGAUUAUGAGGUCGCGGCUAUGUCCACGUCCUGGACCGAGGAUAAAGUGGCUAUCCUAAAACCUGGUAGAAAAACCUGGAUUCCCAUUCAUGGAAUUAUCCGAGGAUGCAACGAUAUGAUAUACUAUGACGACAGAUACUACAUUGUCACUUAUUAUGGUAAGGUUUUAUCAAUAGACAACACUACUUUGAAAUAUAAGGAGAUUGCACCACCAUCAACUUAUAAGGAAUUUAAAGAAUUUUAUCUCGUAAAGACCACGACUAACGAGCUGCUAAGAGUUGAAAUACUUCGUCCACAUGCUAAGCCAACAAGUGUUAAGAUUUGGAAGUUGGUUGCAAGACCAACGACCCAACAAUCCAUGUUUGUCGAGUUGGACAACUUGGGAGAUGAAGUCUUGUUCUUGUCUCAGCAUUGCUCAAUUUCUGUUUUGGCUUCCAAGUUUUCGGGAUGCAAAGCGAAUUCUAUAUUCUAUAUGUAUCGGUAUGGCUCGCCGUGUAAGCCUUGGAUGUUUUGUGUGGACUUUAUUCACCUUCAAGAUGGCACCUUCAACACUCAUUUUUCAUUCAACACGCAAACUCAUGAUAAGUACCACACAAUGCCACCAGCAUUGUGGAUCGUUCCUACUCCAAAGUUUAAUACGUAA